UCCGUCUUACACAUAACGAGAGCAAACAUGAGGACAAAAACAUGACAUGAUGUUUAAUGUGUACCUGAACUGCCGUUAUAUGUUUUAAAGGAAUCACUUGAUUUGUUGAUGAAAACAUUAAUCACAGUUCAUUAAAUCUCGUCAUGACAUUAAUUAAACAUUUGUCUGAAAAAGGAAAGUCAUAAACAUUCCCACCUGAACAGAAAACAAGCUCUGAACUUCUAAAGCACAUUUUAAAUUUGAAUUCAUGAAUCUCUGCAGAAAUGUCAGAGCUGCAAACGAGGAGCUAAAAUGUCACUUCAGCUGCUUUCAUGUGUGAUGGACGAUGGACGCUGCCGACAUUUGGCGUUGGAGUCAGAGCAGACAGAUGAAGGUAUCACCUUCGAUCUGCUCAUAAAGCUGAGAACAAAGCAGCUGGAGCUUCUGCUGCCGUCUCUCUGCUCUUUCAUUUCCUGUAUGGCAGGAAAUUGUCCCAGUACACAGCUGAUAGCCGCUGCCAGCGUCACUUAUCAAUCCUCCAUCUCUCUGGAUUUUAUUGAAGUGAAAGCUGCUUUGUGUGGACGGACUGUCAUUCACUCAGCUCCACCUGCUCGAGGCAAACUCAGCGAAGCAAGGUGGAGACACAAAGUACAACAAAGCACCAACCAAACACGACAGCAUCACAGAAAUACAACAAAAUAGAACACCAACAAAAUAGAACAACGCAACGAAACAUGACACGACAUCACAGAAAUACAACAAAACACAACCUUAUAUUAAUGGACAGGUGGAGCAGGAGAUCUCAGGUGGAUGGACAGGAUCUCAGGUGAAUGACCUGGCACCAAGGCCGAUUGGUGGAGUAGAUCUUAAGGGUCAACAGAAGGCAGGACAGAGGAAAGUGUAUUUUGGACAAGGUCCUGGAAGCUUGUGAUGUGAUGGGAGUAGCUCUGGUGGACGAGCAGAUCGGUGGAACACCUCUGAAGGACAACCAGCAACCUGCAAUGUAGGUGGGAUAGUUCAGGAGGCCAUACACAGCUGAGGCAGUUGAAACUGGGGUAGUGGGGUGACGGUUGGUUGCUCACAGGCUUGGAAGCUGGUUGGAGGCUGGCAGGCUAAACACAUAUCAUGUUAUGAAGUCGUUCAUGCUGCUCAGAUACUUGAACACGCUGCACCUCUAACCAAUAACUAGUCUAAGCACAUCAGGCAGGUGACAGCAGGUGAAGUUAAAGUGAGGAUGUUGUAGACUCUGUUGUUGCUACUUAAAUAUUUAAUGACAUGCAAACAUCAUCUUUAAACCACCUGUAAGCAUUCUGCUGUUAGCAUGUAGCCUCACAGAGCUCCAUUUGUCUGUCUUUAAUAUUUCUGUUUGUAUGAACACACACCUGCAGCUAUGUUUUUGACGUGAUGAUAAAAAGAUGAAGCUGCAGUGAUGGAGGAGUUUGAUCAGAGGAGGGAGGAGCAUCAGCAGUGAUGGAGGAAUUUGAUCAGAGGAGGGUGGAGCACCAACAGCUGCUUUAUAUAAACACCCUCCUUCCCCCAGCAGCAUUUUACUGGAGGCAGCCCAGUGUGGAGCCAGCGUUGGACCAACAGAAGGUCUCUGAGCGUCAGUGUGAGGAGCAGCAAACAGCAGGCUGGAGCCCUGGUACUCAUACACCCACUGGUUCCCCAUGGCCUCGUCCCAUGUGAUGAAGGACUGUCCGGAACCAGUGCCCAAGAUGCAGCCAGCCAUGAUGAUGUUCUCCAGCAAGUACUGGGCCCGGAGGGGGCUGUCGCUGGACUCGGCCAUGUUCGACCACCAGCAGCAGCGCCACACCGGAGGGCAGAUGUCGCGGCGUCUGUCCUUCUGUCCCAUCAAGGAGACGCCGGACAAAGAGAGCGCUGAAGAUUCUGGGAAGACAGCGGUGGUGUUUUCUCUGAAGAACGAGGUCGGCUGUCUGGUCAAAGCUCUCCGAUUGUUUCAGGAGAAGCGGGUGAACCUGAACCACAUUGAGUCGCGGGUAUCGAGGCGCGUCACUAACGAGGUGGAGAUCUUUGCUGACUGCAGCUGCAGUAAGAAGGAGUUUAACGAGCUGCUACAGCACCUCAAAGAUCACGUCAACAUCAUCUCCUUCAACACGCCUGCACAUGUGUGGUCUGCCGAGGCAGAUGGAGAUGACGUGCCAUGGUUCCCCAUGAAGAUCUCAGAGCUUGACCAGUGUUCCCACCGAGUGCUGAUGUACGGGUCAGAGCUGGACGCAGACCAUCCCGGUUUUAAAGAUGAAGUUUAUCGUCAGAGGAGGAAGUACUUUGUGGAGGUGGCGAUGAAUUAUAAAUUUGGACAGCCUAUCCCUCGUAUUGAGUACACCCCAGAGGAGGUCCGGACGUGGGGCGUGGUCUUCAGAGAGCUGACCAAACUGUACCCGACCCACGCCUGCAGAGAGUACCUGAAGAACCUGCCACUCCUCAGCAAGCACUGCGGAUACCGAGAGGACAACAUCCCUCAGCUGGAGGACGUGUCGCUGUUUCUACGAGAGAGAUCAGGUUUCACGGUGCGACCUGUCGCAGGUUACCUGUCUCCCAGAGACUUCCUGGCCGGUUUGGCCUACAGAGUGUUUAACUGCACUCAGUACGUCCGUCACAGUACUGACCCACUGUACACACCUGAACCUGACACGUGUCAUGAGCUGCUUGGUCACGUUCCCCUGCUGGCUGAUCCAAAGUUCGCUCAGUUCUCUCAGGAGAUCGGGUUGGCAUCUCUCGGAGCGUCUGAUGAUGACGUCCAGAAACUCGCCACGUGUUAUUUCUUCACAAUUGAGUUCGGACUCUGCAAACAGGACGGUCAGCUGAGAGCGUACGGAGCCGGUCUGCUGUCGUCCAUUGGAGAGCUGAGGCAUGCUCUGUCUGAUCAGGCCCGUGUGAAAAUGUUCGACCCGAAGACGACGUGUAACCAAGAGUGUCUGAUCACGACCUUCCAGGAAGUUUACUUUGUGUCUGAGAGCUUCGAGGAAGCCAAGGAGAAGAUGAGGUCACUACACAAACUACACACUAACUACACACCACUGUCCCUCUGUGAGGUCACAGGUGGUGAUGUGUCCGUGUCCCUCUGUGAGGUCACAGGUGGUGAUGUGUCCGUGUCCCUCUGUGAGGUCACAGGUGGUGAUGUGUCCGUGUCCCUCUGUGAGGUCACAGGUGGUGAUGUGUCCGUGUCCCUCUGUGAGGUCACAGGUGGUGAUGUGUUUCGGUUCCCGGGUCUGUGGAGGGGUGGGGUACAGGUGGUGAUGUGUUCGUGUCCCCUCGUCCACAGGGACUUGCGAGAGAUGAUGCCCAGACGUCGCGUGUCCUCGUGCUGCAGUCCUGAUCACCUCCACAUCGACCUCCUCCAUGGACGGGUUGGAGAUGACGUUUGUUCCUUCGCCACCAUCUCCUUCGAGGUGUUCAGCUGCAGAUGGUUGGACCUGCACCACCUCACAAUGUCCUCCACCAGGCGCCUGUACUCCCCCUCUUCCAUCCUUAAUACAGCCACCUAUCUACAAGUGGCAGAGCCCAGAAGGUGCACAGGUGGAGUACAGCUGGAGUAUAGAGGGCGGAGUACAGGUGGAGUACAGGUGGAGUAA